CUCUUUAAAAUAGAAUCAUUUCUGGGCUGGCUGGCUACAAAUGCAGAAAGAGAAAGAAAUGGAACGGACGAAGAAGAGGCAGAGCAGCUUUUUCGUACUCUCUCCAUUUAUGCACGUGCAUCGAAUUGUGUCGACAUUCUCUCUCUAUCCAUCUUUUCUCUCUUGCUCUCUGUGUUUUAUGUUCUCUUUGAUCAACAGGGAAGGUAUAUUUUCACCGCAGAAGAGAUAGAAGCGAUCAAUCUCCGAUCUCUGCUAAUGGAAAUCUGAGUGGUCGGAGCUUCGAGUAUGCUUAAAAGUAUUGGAAGAAAGUUCUACAGUUUUGUUUUCAUUCAUUUUCUUCCUAGUUUUGGGCACUAGAAGAUUUGAUAUUCUGACACUAGGGUGACCCUAUUUCCUCCUCUGGUUUUUGUACCUCUUAUUGAUCUGUUUAAAGGUAUGAUCUUGAACUGAUUCAUUAUAUAUAAGGGGAAAAAUGUCUUCUCCCAGCAAGAGGAGAGAUAUGGAUGUCAUGAAGCUGAUGAUGAGUGACUACUCUGUGGAGAUGUUCAAUGAUGGAAUUAAUGAAUUCAAUGUUGAAUUUCAUGGCCCAAAAGAAAGGUUACUUGCAGGCCUUUAUGAAGGUGGCGUGUGGAAAGUUCGUGUUGAGCUGCCAGAUGCUUACCCUUACAAGUCUCCUUCUAUUGGAUUUCUGAACAAAAUAUUCCACCCAAAUGUUGAUGAGCUGUCUGGUUCAGUCUGCUUGGAUGUAAUCAACCAAUCUUGGAGCCCAAUGUUUGAUCUGCUGAAUGUAUUUGAGGUGUUUCUUCCACAACUCUUGCUUUACCCAAAUCCUUCGGACCCAUUAAAUGGUGAUGCAGCAUCGUUGAUGAUGGAGAACCAAAAACAAUAUGAACAAAAAGUGAAAGAGUACUGUGAACGAUAUGCGAAAAGAGAGAACAUUACCAACCCCCAAGCUGAAGAGAGUAGUGACGACGACAUCAGUGACAAACAGAGUACAAGAAGUGAUGAUGAAGUUGUGGGACACCCAGACCCAUAAGCAACUUUUAGGGCCCAAGUCAUCUUCAAUGUAAUGUGAAUUCCUUCACUUCAUGUUUACUGAUCAUUUGUGUAACAGCUGUAUUCAAUUGUUUAUAAAUAUGAGUAGCUAGUAGAGUUCCUGAAUCCAAUUAUUUGCAGGCCAGAGGGAUCAUCAGAAAAAAUGGAAAAACAGAUAAACAUUGAUUAAGAAAAUUAAAUGAAAAAUAUUUAUGUUUAA